AUGCCUCUCCCAGCGUCCGAUGAGGAUGCCGCACCGCUUUCCUCCCAAGAGCAACCUUCUCCCAUUUGGAAACGUAUCGGUGCCCGUCUUAGUGGUGCCUUUAGCGGCGCAGACCCUCGAGUCUGUGUCGCUUUCUGGCUCUUUGGCCUUAUCAACAAUGUCCUAUAUGUGAUCAUCCUCUCGGCAGCCGUAGAUCUAGUCGGACCCGAUGUGCCUAAAGGCGUUGUUCUUCUCGCAGACGUGAUCCCAUCAUUUGCAACCAAACUCGUCGCCCCGUACUUCAUCCACCUGGUCCCAUAUUGGAUGCGUAUUCUCAUCUUCGCCUUCUUGUCAACCGUGGGAAUGCUGGUCGUCGCUAUGAGCCCAGGUUAUACCGAUGGAGGAACGAUAUCGUCUAAGAUCGCGGGAAUCAUCCUGGCUAGCCUUUCUUGCGGUGCUGGGGAGCUGAGCUUUGUGGGUCUCACGCACUUCUAUGGCCCAUUCAGUCUGGCUGCGUGGGGGAGUGGUACUGGCGCCGCUGGGCUGAUUGGGGCUGGUGCUUAUGCCCUCGCAACUUCGGCGCUGGGAUUCUCCGUUCAUGUCACGUUGUUGGUGUCGGCCUGCUUACCGGCUAUUAUGGUUCUGAGCUUCUUUGUCGUGCUACCCAGGUCCCCCUUGAGAACUGCCGACCCCGGCGCUGAUAGAUACCGUGUGGUUGAGGGCGGGGAACAGGUGGAAGAAGAUGAACUGGAUGACGGUGUUGGUGGAGAAGACGAGGGGCUCUUGGGGGCGUCGCAUAAUUCCCCCGCCCACAAGUCUAUCCAUGUCGACCAAGGUGGUUCCUGGCAGGACCAGACUCGCCUGAAUCUACAUCGAAUCAAGGGACUCUUUAUUCCUUUCAUGGUCCCGAUGCUAUUGGUCUACAUCGCCGAGUACGUUAUUAACCAAGGUGUGGCUCCAACUCUGCUUUUCCCACUGCGUGAAUCGCCCUUCGAGCAUUUCCGUUCGUUCUAUCCCACCUACAAUGCCAUCUACCAGAUUGGCGUUUUCAUCUCACGGUCCUCGACCCCAUUCUACCGCAUCCACAACCUAUACCUGCCGUCUCUCCUGCAGGUGGUCAAUCUUGCGUUGCUGACCCUUCAUGCUAUGUUCAAUUUUAUUCCCAGCGUAUGGCUUGUGUUCAUCAUUGUUUUCUGGGAGGGCCUCCUCGGUGGAGUGGUAUACGUCAAUACCUUUGCUGAGAUUGCCGAUCGUGUUCCUAAGGAGGACCGUGAAUUCUCACUGGGGGCUACCACUGUCAGUGACUCGGGGGGUAUUUGUAUUGCAGGCUUCCUCAGUAUGGGGUGGGAGGUCUGGUUGUGCAGUUGGCAGGUUGGACAUGGACACCACGUCUUAGGGAGACCUUCAACCCGCUUCCGCAAGAUCCAAGUAUUUGCAGUAGUUUCUUUCUGGUCCGUCUACUUAUUAAGAGCAGAUAAACAUGGCCCGCCAUUUAUUCGAGCACUCUCAUCUCGCUUCUCGGGGAAGUUGACAACAUGGCAGACAACUGUCAUCAUAUUCCUCUGGCUCUACCUCAGUCGGAACUUCGCCAAGAUAGUUGGGCUCGAAUGCCCUGAACCAUUGGCAAACAUGUACUCGCGGUCCUUCUUCCGAGCAACGUGGAUCACCACUGGCCUGGAUGCUGGAUUCUGGACCGCGAUGAACAUAAAGCCAAAAUGGCUACGAGAUAUAGCCUCGCUAGUCUUCACGGUUUACUACCUGAUCGCUGCUGAACAGGCCGAUGAGAAAGUUCGCCGGGUCCGUGCUACACUGACACUGGAGCAUCUGCGUGUAUCCUGGAACAAAGCCACCAGUCCCUACCUGUGGUCAAUGGCGAAACUGCUACGGCCACGAAUGACUCAGUUCCCGGCCCGAGCGAUUCGUAUUCCUCGCCCAGCGCAGUCUGUUUACACCGAUCCAGUGAAUGCGUGGUUGUAUUUUGAUGGCCCGUUAAGUGCGCUCCGAGAUCAGAAUCUCGUCGUGCUGGAUGUGCCCGGUGGUGGGUUUGUGGCUAUGAGUCCUAGAAAUUCAGAGGACAAGUUAUUGGCCUGGGCAGGGCGACUCAAGGUUCCCAUUCUCAGCAUUGAUUACAAGAAGGCACCGGAAUUCGCAUACCCCUAUGCGUUGCAUGAAUGCUACGAUGUAUAUCAUAGCAUCGUUGCUACGAAUGGUCGUUGCAUGGGUCUGAGUGGUAAGACCCGUCCUCGGAUACUUGUCACUGGCGAGAGUGCCGGUGGCAAUCUAGCAGUAGGCAUGACCUUGAUGGUGUUGCAGUCUGCGAUGGCUCAGGGUUGGCGUGGAGAGGAUGUGCUCCCGGCCCCGGACGGUGUGGUUUUGGGAUACCCUGCAUUGAAUAUGCGAGUAGAGAGCUGGAUGAGCGAUGAGCAGAUGUCAUUGAUUCAGGAGAAGAGCACCCGUCAGACAAACCGCGGUGUUCUGCAACGGAAACAGGAUCAAUAUCGUAAACUAACGCCAUUCACAUCGCCAGGUGGCUCCGUCGACGAUUUAACUGCUAUCUCGCCACCCGAGAAGGCAAAUGAUACCAAGGAAGCCAAUGUGGCCACCCAGGCUGCUGAAUCACUGGAGAAGAAACUCCAAAAGAACGAGCAGAUCGCCCCAAAGCCUGCUGCUAAAGCAGAAGACGAAGUCAAGCCAAUCAAGACCAGACUAGCUGUCUCAUCCAUGAUCACCUAUGUCCACGACCGCAUCCUCACGCCUGAAAUGACACGUGCGAUGAUCAUCCUAUACAUCGGACCCCACCAUCGCCCAGACUUCAACACCGAUUUCCUCCUGUCUCCCGUCCUGGCCCCAGAUGCAUUACUUGCCCGCUUUCCGAAAACAUAUAUCAUGACCGGAGAGCGAGAUCCUCUGGUUGAUGACACGGUUAUAUUUGCAGGCAGACUGCGGCAAGCAAAGCUACAUCAUUUCCGCGAGCGCCAAGAUCUGGGGUUGGAGAGGGCGAACCGUUCCUUCAACGAGAGAAACCACGUCGAGAUCUCCCUGAUCCCUGGUAUUUCACACGGAUUCAUGCAGAUGGCUGGCUUCUUCCCUGACGCGUGGAAGUAUAUCCAUCGCAGCGCGGACUGGCUGGAGAGUCUGUCGCUGAGGAUUAAGACCAACAACAUUGAGGAGGAUUUACUUUACCCUGAUCACGAUGUGAAUGCUUUGAAAGCUAAUACGUCCCUCAAAUGGUCUGGCUCAUCAAAAGUCGAAGCAAACCCUUCUAAUAAGGCGCGUAACCACCAUCGCAAGUUCACUGGCGAGUCCUCCGGUGACGACGACAGACCAUUGGAAAUGAGCAUGAGCAAGAUCACAUCCGCUGCUGGUAGCGAGGAUGCACUUGCGUCAAAGUCUGAACAUCGCACGCGGAGGAGGAGAUCACGAUCCUCUUUUGCUUCCUCGCGGGUUACCGGGUUUACCUCGUUGGGGGAUGACCGCAAUGCCAAGGAGGAUUUCCUCGCUAAGCUCCGAUGUUUGGAAAGAGCAGGUCGAUCUGAUCCUUUCGAUCCCGAUGAGACAAAUAGUGCUCCUGAAAGUCCGGGUGCAGUUCGUCCGAGAGGACGGAGUAUCGCUUCACUUGACAGUGAAGAGGAUUUGCUGGAUCGUCGGAUGAACGGACUUGCUGGUGGGUUGAUGGGGAUCGGGGAAGGGGCACAAACUCCCGGGUUGUGA